AGACUGGCUACGACUGCAGUCAAACACUUUGAGGGUUUCUGCCAUUUACUUCGAGUGUGAUGUCCAGAGAGUGAGGCGAUACUCACGACACGUAUGAAAAGAUGAAGUGGAUAUGUAACCAGACCCUGCCGAUAUAUGCAUCACAGAUCACAUUGUGCCUCCUUAUCCUGCUGGUUGUAAUACCACAGACAUGCAGAGGAGAAGCCCAGAUACCAGACUGCUCGCGUGCCCAAUCAAGAGUUGCCAGGGGGCUCCUUCAGAAGGACUUGUAUCCAGUCUUUAAGGCUGGAGGAUGGGAGUUCCCCCAAUCCUGCCCACUCAAGCCAUCCAGGGACAUGUAUUCACAUCAAGAAGAGAGAAAAUGGUGUGACAAUAUCAACAAAUGGUACUGCAACUACUGCGGCAAGGCCUUCACAAGUGAGAACACUUUAGACGCGCACUUCGCUAACCGCCACUCUCGGACAAUUGUGAGCGGUGAGGACGCGGUCUGUCUCGCUGAUCACUGCGAUUAUCUUCGAUGUGACAUCAUCUCCGGAGCCAAGACAGGCUCUUACUGGGACAAGACGCUGUGCAAGCAAACCGCAUUGGACAGGCUAAAGCAGAGGUGUGAGACGAUCAUUAAGUCAUGCCUUCCUGAGGGUCUUACUGGGAUGCUCAAACACGAACUCCGAGACAAACUUAAGAAAGCCCUGUGCUCUUCCUUGACCUGUGAACUGUUUUGGGAAGCACCCUCAAAAGAGAGUACCCCUCACGGUACAGCUGCCUAUGCUAUCGUAACCUGCAUCCUGAUUGUUGGGUUGUUACUCUAUUACCUUGUGGCGUAUACACAUUUCUACACUGACAGUUCGUUGCUAAACAGCCAAGAUACAGGUGUCUUCAACACUAAGGAGUCAGAACCUCACUUUACUAGAGAUCCGUUCGGAAAUGAAAUUCGUAAUAGAUACCAACAAAGGUAACAUAAUGCUCAAAGUUCAAACUCUACUGGGUUCUAUAAAUGAGUUUCAAUAGUUAGACAUGUUUCAUCUUGAUAGAACACAUUUUUGUAUAGCCAAUUAGUUUUAGUUAAUUUAUCCUUUUGAGACCAAAGCGAACACAAGCGGCUGAGAGGAUUGGCCUAUCUCCAUUCACAUAAAAAAGAGGUCAAAGUAAAGCUCAUGUCAGAAUAUGAAAUUUUUCAAUGUUGAAUAGUAUCCCAAUCUGUAUACGUAAAACUAAAUUUUCCGUUUCAUGUUAAUCUGUUAAUAUUUUUACUGACAAAAAUUGAUUGAAGAAAUCAACAACAAUGUCUGGGUGUCUUGUGAUGAUUAUACAGAAAUGAAUCUCUAUGAAAGGGUUAAGGGGUCAUUUGUUGAUCAAUUUUUGUUAACUUGAUUCUUUUCCGAUUCUUUCUAUGACCAACAUUAAUAAGAAAACCACCAUCUGGUGGGUGUACAUAUUUAAAAUUAUUACAUGGUUCAUGGCUAAAUGAUUUAAAGUAACAAUUAUGGACAAUAAUUAUUCAAGUGAGAAGUCAUCUUAAGAUUUCAUAAAAACAAUAAAGUUUAUUCAGUUAUCUCAAAAUCAAAUAAACAUGUGUGAAGUUUGCCUUCCUUUGAGUUUCAAGGGGGGGGGGAGACCCCUAUUAUUUACCAUUGGUUAAAAAAUGUUCUCAAUUUAUAAGCGGCUUAUAUAUUUUCAGACGAUUGCAAAUGUACCUGAUAAACAAAGAAUGGGGGAUUUGAAUUAAAUCAUCCAGAGCUACACAAAUUAAUGGUAAUUUUGAUCAAACACUCAACAUUUGAUAGUUUAAACAAGCAGGAAAAAAAUAAAGAAAAUUUGUGACAAGACAGUGAUUUCCUUUAUAUUCUUUAUAUUCAGGCAAAGGAAUUUAGUGGAGUUGGUCUGGUACAUGUAUUUGAAAGGGCAGGUGGAAGGCUACUAGAAAACAAUUCUACAGAUAAUCCCCACUUAAUGUCACACAGUGUCGAGCCCCCCAUCAUACAAUCAUAUAUCAUUUUUUGAAAAGGAAAUUUUAGCGUUUGCAUAAAUACUGUGUGCGGCAUCAUGCAGUAGUUUUAUCAAAUUUCUUGCAUGGUUGGUGAACCACUUGGCUGCAUAGACAAAUAAGAACAAUUGUUGCAGCUUCCAGCCCACGCCAUGGUGCCUAUACAGAUGAAAAGUUAUUAGGAAUAAUCUAUACCCAAGUUGGAAUGAUGCAAACAAGUUUGUGCAAAUCGGUAGAAAAUCUGAGUACCACAUGACCACAAUCAGUUAAUGGCUUACAGUAACAUGCACAUGGAAAAUGCUCAAAGGGUACAGCAUCAGUACAGCAAUGAAUCUUGUGUUGGUUACCCACUUUAAAGUAACAAAUAUCCAUUAGUAAAAGAAACAUAUAUCAAACUUUCAAUGUUUUCUUCUUGGUUUCUAGAAAGUAGGCAAAUACAAACAGUUUGAACCGGUGUUGUGUUUGGCUUCAAAAAGACAUUCAAUUGCGUACAACGGCAUCAAUAUUUACUUGUGGAAUUGUUUUGUUUGCGGAAAGUUCCAAGGUUAAAUUUUGUCCCUUGUAAACAAGACAGGGGCGUCCUGUAAAUUAUAGAACUUAUAAACAUUUUGUCUGAACUGUUACUUAAAGAUGAUGUUUUUUUUGUGCUGUCAUUGACAAAUGCUCAUAAAUAAUCAACUUUACAGAAACUCUACUACAGCCAUUCCUAAGGCACAUGUUUGUCCCUCAACAGCUUUGACCGUAAUUAGGAAAUGUCUGAAUUUGUGGCUGCGGCUGCAACUCAACUGCAUUGUAUUAUCACUCUCAAAAUUACUGCAGCUUUCAAUGGUAUAAAAGCAAUUUGAGAAAAAUUUCCCUUCAAAGUAAUGUGAAAAAAGAAAUAAAAAAAGUGUGUAUGCCCUGAAAUUGGAAUAUGAAAAGUGUUUCUGUGUUAAUGUUUCUCAAAUUGGGUAUCCCUAUUGGGGAUUAUACUUCCUGACAUAACCGUUUUGAAUUUAGAGAGAUAUAUCAAAAACGUGACCACCAUUUGAAAUAAACUUUUCACAUGUUAUUUGUAUUGUACAGUUUGUAUAAUAUCUACAUUUAUAUAAAUUAAAACAAUCAAACGGUUCCAAAAACCUGAGUUAUAGACAAGCUUUGCCUGUAACAUGGUAAUGCAGCUCUGCAGCGGCAGCCGCUAACUUGGAAAUGGCCUAAUUUAGACGUCAAAGGUAAGAAAUGUCAUAUCAGAAUUACCCAGAGAAAGCUAAACAAUAAAGCACCUUGAUGUGUUCAAGUAUAGUUGGAAUCAAUAUGAAUUGUUUAAUACUUGAACCAUGAAAAUUAACACAAUUAAAGGAUUAUAAUGCCAUGCUCAAGUUCAUAAUGGUGUGGGUCUGAUACCGGUCUAGACAAUCAUCUCAUUGAGCAAGACACUUUACAACACAUGCUUCUCAUCACCUAAAGGUUAUUGUGUACCUGUCAGGGCAGAGAUAGUUCUAUAGUUCUUUCACUCCAUGAAUGAACAAGUUGGAAAUUCCAUCUUUUUAAGAUGCCGCCUGUAAUAUGGAGUCAAGUUUCAGUUAUUUUGUCAAACCUCAAAUUUUCAAAAACAUCUUACUUGCCAUUACUCAUCAAAGUGUAUAAUAAACACCAACAAAUAACUCCUCAAUUUGCAGGAGUCUUUCAACAACAAGCUUGAGACAAGCUGCCACCUCAAUUCAUGUGAAGACAUUUACUAUUUUCAGAACAUUAGCUGAAGAAAGAUUGCUAAACCUAAAUGUAAUAAAAUAGUGUACAAUACAAAGGAAAGUGCAGCUCAAAGUAACGGCAUUGUUAAUGACUUUAGAUGAGUAACAUUUAUGUAUAAGAAGCAAAGUUAAGUAACAAAGUAAGGGAUUUUUUUUUUAAAGUGUGCGUGGGUGGAUUUCACUGUGAGUUAAGACUAGUCUUAUACGUACAUGUAUCUUGAGUUAGGAUGAGCCUUAUGUUUUGAAUAACUCCUAAGGAGUCCUAGGCCUAAGUUAGGACUAUCUGCGUGAAAUCGACCCCAGGUACCAUUUCAAUCCUGUUAACUCUCAUGAAACAAAGCAGGAAAAAACACCUGUGAAAGGUUUAAUUUGACUUGUUUUUGAGAAGAAAAAAAAACAAACUAACCCUGAACCAAAAAAAUAAUUAUGGUUUAAAAUUUGUUUUGUGUGUGUUGGUCUAUAUUCAUGAUUACAACUCAAGUUUCCCAUAAAUUCUAUCAAACAUAAUUGGUUAGCAGUACCAUUACUGAUUUGAAAAUAAAUAAGAUUUCAUAUUACAAAUCAAUAAUAAUAAUACUCUUCUUAUGCAGCUAUUGUGUUAAGGGCCAUCAACUGUUAAUAAUUGUACUUUUAGGGACCAUAGCCGUUCCUGUACUAAAAUGGCCACAACAGCCACAAAAAAAAUCAAUCAAAGAAAAAAACUGACUUUGUAAAAUCCAUCAAACUCAACAGGAGAGGACAAUUCCCAUGAUUACCAUAUCAUCAUGUUUCUUAAUAAUCAUUUCUAUCACAAUCGUUUUUCCCCGGGAGAUUUUCAAUUCAAAAUGGUGUUGACAAAUUGGAAAAAAAUCAGCCGUUU